AAAUUCUAUCUAUCUUGACGCUAGCCGCUAAUGCCUCUGCCGCACUGUAGCCUGCUGGAGAUGCCAAGAUGGCUGCAAGCAAUUACUUUGGCUUUUCACAUGGUGCCGGUCAGUACAGCACCCAGCCUCCACCGGCAUACUCCCACCCCUCUACGGCCAGUUACAGUGUCCAGCAGGCUCCUGCUGUAGCUCAUGCUGUGACUGCCGCAUCCUACUCAGCACCGCCGGUGCAAGCAGCGCGUCCAGUCGCCUCUUCUCCUUAUCCCGCUUAUCAGAGCCACCAAGCCCCUCCAGAGUUCACCUACAGACAGCCAGACCCCCCUGCCGCCCCUCAGCCCACCACUACACCACAAACCUACCAGGUGUUUCCUGACACGGAUAAUUAUAGUUAUGCUCGCACUGCUGCUGCAACAUCCUAUGAAAAUAAACAAUACUAUCAGACAAGUAAUGCACCAGCACAAAGAACAGCCACAGAAAAUUACUACCAAACUGUGGGAGUGAAAAAUGCUUACAAUCCAGUGCCUACCACUGUGUAUAGCCAGCCACCUCCUCCACAGAGGCAAGUAACUGCUCUGAAACCAAUUGCACCGGCAAGUUCAGUGUCAACCAGCUACAACAUCUAUCCAGCAUCCACCAGUGUACAGCAGCCCCCUACUCCAAUUUCAUCAUACACCUUAGGUUCUUCUUUUAGUUCGUCUGCAUCAGCCGCAUCUUAUUCAGGCAUUAGCUACUCCAGUUAUGAUUCUGGUGGGUACACUUCCACGUCGACUCCUUCCUAUUUUCAGGCUGCACAGCCCACUCUCACCCAGCACCAGCCUCCACCACAGCAGCCACCCCAGGCUCAACAACCCCAACUGCCCAUCCAGUCUGUUCAUAAGCAGCUCACAAGUUCAUCUUGGAGUAAUUCAGGAAGUAACAUGGUGGCAACUCCUGCGGGAAACGCGUAUAAAAAAACAUCAUUUCACCAAAAUAAGUUGCUAAAGCCUAAAGGACCACCCAAACAACCUCAGCUUCACUACUGUGACAUUUGCAAGAUCAGCUGUGCUGGCCCUCAGACUUACAGAGAGCAUUUGGAUGGCCAAAAGCACAAGAAAAAAGAGGCCGCUCUCAAAUCAGUGGGACAAACUGGUGCUAGCACUGGGCCCAGAGGCAUCCAGACUCAACUGCGCUGUGAGUUAUGUGAUGUCUCAUGUACUGGAGUGGAUGCAUAUGCAGCCCAUAUCCGUGGGUCAAAACACCAAAAGGUGGUUAAACUUCACACCAAGCUGGGGAAACCUAUACCAUCCACAGAGCCCGUGUUGGUCAACUCAAAUCCAGCAGUAACGACAACAGCGGGGAAGCCCUCUGUCUCAUCUUCAGCCUCUGUCUCCUCCACGUCUGCUACAAUGGGAGCUCCUAAAGUGACAGCUCUGAGCAAUGUGAAAGCACCGAUAGCAUUAAAGAAACCAGCCCCGGCAAAAACGGUGAUCUCUAAUAAGCCAGUGCUUAGUUCUCCUGCAGUCCCUGAAGUUGUCAUGGCUGCUAAAAUGGAUGAGCCUAUGCCGUCAAUUCAAAGUGACGAUGAGGACAGUGACAAAGGUGGGAGUCAGGGAGACAUCCAGCCAGUGGGGCACAAUUAUGUGGAGGAGGUCCUUAAUGAUGAUGGCAAAGUAAUCAGAUUCCAUUGUAAAUUAUGUGAAUGCAGCUUUAAUGACCCUAAUGCUAAAGACAUGCAUUUGAAGGGAAGAAGGCACAGGUUGCAGUACAAAAAGAAAGUCAAUCCUGAGCUCCCAGUGGAGAUUAAACCCAGUAACCGGGCCAGAAAACUCCAGGAGAACAAGCUAAAAAAACAAAGACAAAAGGCUGUGUUGAAGCGGCAGAGAGAUGAUGAGCAGCGCUGGCACAUGGAGAUGAGGCGAUAUGAAGAGGAUAUGUACUGGAGGCGGAUGGAGGAGGAGCAGAUGUACUGGGGAGAUCAGAGACGCAGGUUGCCUCCACCACCGCUCAUGAGCCGGCCUGGUAUGCCCGUGCCUCCUCUGCUGACAUGUGUUCGCCGACCAGAUUCCCCUGAUGAUCGCCACAUCAUGGCGAAGCACUCCACCAUUUAUCCAGUGGAGGAGGAGCUUCAGGCAGUUCAGAAGAUUGUGUCCCACUCUGAGAGGGCGCUGAAGCUGGUGUCGGACUCACUGCUGGAGAAGGACCCCCUCGCAGUUACCGUGUCCGAUACUGAAGAGGGGGAUGACAGAGGCAGUGAAAACUUGGGACGCCUCCUUAAAGGUGUGAUGAGGGUUGGCAUCCUUGCCAAGGGCCUGCUGCUACGAGGAGACCGAAAUGUGGAGCUUAUAUUAUUGACGGCAAAGAAACCCACAAUCUCCUUACUGAAGAACAUUGCUCAACAGCUGCCUAAGGAGUUAGCGACAUUUUCUGAAGAUCAGUAUGAGGUGCAGGCUCACCCCGAGGAGGCCAACAUCGUCAUUUUUUCAAGCAAGGAGCCCAAAAUGCAGGUGACGAUUUGUCUCACCUCACCGCUGAUGAGAGAGGACCCUGCUGCUGAGAAGGACAAGCAGGCAGGAGGAAAAGCGGCCGAGAAAGGUAUGGAUGAAAAGGACCCACCUGAUAUCUUGAACAAGGACAAAUGUUUGGAUUACUUGGCUGCUCUACGUCAUGCAAAAUGGUUUCAAGCUCGAGCCAAUGGGCUACAGUCCUGUGUCAUCAUCAUACGAGUGUUGAGAGAUUUAUGUCAGCGUGUGCCGACCUGGGGGAAGAUGCCUGACUGGGCGAUGGAGCUGCUGGUCGAGAAGGUCAUCAGCAGUGCCGCAGGGCCACUCAGCCCUGGAGAGGCCAUGCGCAGGGUCCUGGAGUCCAUUUCGACCGGCAUUCUGCUCCCAGAGGGACCUGGGAUUCUGGAUCCUUGUGAGAAAGAGCAAACUGAUGCGCUACAAAGUGUGACGUCUCAAGCAAGAGAAGAUAUAACUGCAAGCGCACAGCAUGCUCUGCGGCUCCUUGCUUUCCGUCAGAUACAUAAGGUUUUGGGAAUGGAGUCUCUGCCUGCCUCAAAAGCCAGUGCUCGCAAUCGCAAACGCAGACGGGAUGCCAGUGACACAGGCGAAGGAGAGGGUGAAGGCAAAAAAGACAAGAAGGAUGAAAUGGCUUGACUUCUGUUAAUCUAAUAGUUUAUGUGACAACUUAAAUGCAUCAAAAAACAUAGUGAAGUGCAGACAUAUCUAAAACUCCACAUAAUACAUAUGCACAACUGAUUUAGGAUAAGGUGUCUAAGUUGGAGAACUUAAGGCUUGAAAAUAGGAAUUUAUUGAGAAUAAAAACAUAGCUAUAUAUUCUAAUUAUAUAUUUUCAGUAUAGUAUUUGUUCUGUAUGCCUUUGCGACAUAGGUUUUAAUUCACUUCUAAACAUGAAGAUAAGAUGACCUAACUGGUACAGGGCUCAAUUUUAGUUGGGUGCACCGGUGCGCCUAAGAUUUUCAUUUGGGUGCACCAAAAUACGCUGCUUAUUUAUGCCAUCGUAAUAUAUUGUCUUUAAAUUCCUUCAACAAUAAGGGUUAAAUAAGUUGGUAAAUUACUUUUACCUGGGUAUACAAUUCAUACUCUAUACGACACACAUAUUAAAGAAACAAAUAAUAUCUCAAUAAUGACAGAUUUUAUCUAUUCAAACUUAAGUUGUUUAUAUCACCAAAUAACAUUUCAGAAUUUACCUUGUCUAUAAGUUUGAACUUUUAGGCUACUAACUCAUUCUGUUAUUUAAAAAGCCAUUGCAAAAAUAUUGGCUUCAAAAACUAGAGUAAGAAAUCUGUGCUUUUAAGGAUCUUCACAGUUCGCUGUAGCACGUGCAGAGUUACCCCUCUAACUUUCAAUCUGUUGCUUUGAUGCUCUCUGUAAAGGUAAAUACAGCUUCUGAGUUCAUACAUUGGUUAAAAAAAAAAGAAAAAAAGAAGAAGAACUUAUGAUAUCUGUGGUGCAUAUUGUUCUGUGCGCCAGAGGGUGACCAGAGCAGGACCUGAACACACCCCGGCCUCAGCAACAGAGGUGAGGGAAGAGCGUGUGUAUUAACGUUUUAUUUAUUUUUAUAAACAAUUUAAGUUUGUAUUAUAUAAUGUUAUCCAUGUUUAUGAUGAGGAGAAAGGACACAUGAGAAGGGAUGUGUCAGGCGCACUGGUGGGCCCAAGGAACAUUUUUAGUCGCACCGGGCAAAAUUUUAGGCUCCCAAACUGGUGGCACUCUGGAGCCCUGUGGUACAUCUGCACUUAAUAGGUGCAUAUGCAGUGGUUAGUGUAGCAGACAUGUGAGCUACACAGUGUGCUUUACCUACAUUAAUUUGUUGAAUACUAUGUUAAAAAUAGCUCAUUCUAACACAAAUGUUUUUGUUUUGUAUGAUAGUCUAAAUUCUUGUGAGGCACGAGCUCCUGCAGAAAACUCCUAAAUCCUGUUCUAUACAAAUUGGCAGUAGUGGCAUGCUGAACAAUCUAAACACUUAAACUGCAUUAUUACUGUUACAGAAUGCUAUAAUACUAUCCUUUGAAGAUGUGCACCUACCUACCAAACUUUAUUAGCUAAAAUGUAGGCUAUCUUAUACUUGCAUAAAGACUUAAUAUCGACUGAAGUGGUUACAAGACCAUUUCUUACUCCUGCACAAAUGUAUUUAAAAACACAAUGGUGAUGGUUAUUAUUGAAAUAAAUUUUGUUCGUCUUUAUAAUUUACUGAAGUCAUGCAGAUAAUAUUUUGAGUUUGUUUUAGAACGUAAUGUUUUAUUUUAUUGUAUUGAAUUAUAAUUUAAGACCAUUUGAUUUGAGCAUAAAAUAUACCCGUUAUUAUC